AUGAUUGCAAAGCAGGCAUCUCUGGUUCGCGGCUCAUCCAUGGCCACCGUGGCCUCUGGCUCUUCCUCAAGAUGGAUGCGAUAUCCAACAACGUCGACAGCAGCAUGGUCCUCUUCCAACGCUUUACGGCGUGCACCAGCUGCAUCCAGCCUCUCGUUCAGCACAAAGGGUCCCCGCAGUCAGGCGAGCCCAGCUGCUGAGCCACAAGGAGAUCAUCACGAGCAACACGCACCUUCUACCUCUGCGGCUCCAAUAGCAUCGCAACAGCAUGUCUCCAGCACUUCACAUCCUUCACAAGCUUCGGAUCCAUCAGCAGCAUCCUCUUCCUCGGCAUCUUCACAACGCAGCAACCAUCUGACCAGAUUCAUGCCCUACGCAUUUGCGACCGGCUCGCCACUGACGCGCUUGCCAACUCCAUUACCCCCCGAUGUAGCUGAGCGCUCCGCUGUUCUUCGUAAACAGCUUUCACCAAAGGGCUCAGGUGGCAGACCCAUCUCUGUUACCAAGCCAGCACUUCUUGACUCGACCAUGUCCGGCCUCUCCUUCGGAGACCUUUCCGGCCUCACCAUGAGCAGCAACGACGAGAUCUUCUAUCCAGCAUCCAAAGCCGUCGAGUUCAUCAGCAUCCUCAAAGCUUGUCUCGGAACCGGUCUGAUCAGUCGUGCCCACAAGGUUUUCACCGGCCUCCGCAGUCAAGCUGCUGCCCGCUCGCGCGAGCUCUGGGAGCUUCGUCGGCGCCUAGCCCAGGGCAUCAUCGACCAGCACGACUGGCAGCAAGAUCUCGGCGAGCUCGACGAGUACCAGUCGCCCAUCGAGGUCUGGACCUACAACUCGAUGCUUCAGGCCUACUUCCGCAAGUCGUAUCAAGCCGAGUCCCUCGACGGCACUGCCGAAUGGCUCAACCGUGCUUGGCAGCUCUUCCGUGACAUGGAAAAGUCAUCAACUUCAGGUCACGGCGACCAGCCCCCAUCACCGGAUCCAAGCCCCAAUCCGGCUUCCUUUGCCACCAUGGCCCGUGGUGUUGUAGCAUUGCAACGUUCCGGACGAUACCCUUCUUCAGCACCAGCAUUGGACGAUCUUAUUCUUUCCAUCAAGCGCACCGAAUUCGGUCUCGACCACAUUCUCACUUCCUCUGCUUUCAACCCUGAGUCCGCAGAGGAUCUUGAUGUUCACGGUCCGCUUGGCUCCAAGAGCAUUGACAAGUCCAGAGAAGGCGAAGUCGAUGCUAAGUCGGUCCUUCGCAGUUUGAAGACUGUGGCCAACGAGAUGGGUGAGAGCGGGAUUCUCAAAGAGCUCGAGACAGCAAAGAGCAUUCUCGAAGGCCGCAGAGUUCUCUCCGAAGCACAAAGCAAUGAACAGGCAUUCAAGGACGAGUUGUUCAGCAACCUCCCUGAACUCCUUCCCGUCAAGACGACAACAAAAACCAGUCGUCUUGGCCAGGAUCUUGAGAACAAGGCUGGCGAGAUGCCUUUCAACUUGGCCUCCCUCAAAGAGAACCUCUCCAUUGUUCAAGAAGCCCGUCGCAGCUUCAGCGACCCUUACGAGUGUCAAAAGUGGCUCGAACACAGCGCCAUCGAAGCUGCACGCAGGCGACUUGAACAUUCCGCCGAGAAGCUUGAGGAGCUCGGUCUGCAAACCACCGGUGCUUUGCAGUCUAAGCCACUCCAGCGAUGGAUGUGGGACUGGUACAACAAGCUCCAAGCCACGCUCAAGGAGGAUCUCGAACGCCUCAAUCUCAAUGCCAGCGAUGAUAGGCAUGAGAAGAGGGCAUCGCUGCCUCUGGAACAGCAGAUUCUGCCCUUCCUUCGUUUGGUUCCGGUCUCCAAACUCGCACUCAUCACCAUCCUUGAGAUCAUGCGCAUGAGCGGCAACGGCGGUGUUGCCGACGGCAUGAAGACCACUCGCGCGCUAUUGGCCGUGGGUCGCGCUAUUGAGAUGGAGUACCAUUCCGAUGUCGUCCGCAAGAACCCUCGGAUCUUUCAAAACGCACACACUGCCCAGACCGUUCUCCGCAAGCGCGGCCUCAUCAACCUCGCAGCUCGUAAUGAGAUCAGGGCUUGGCAGAAGCAACAAGAAGAAGAAGGUGUUCUCUCGUCUAUCCCCAAGUGGACGCAGGCAGUGCGAGCUCGUGUUGGAAGCUACCUCGUGCAGCACCUCAUGCACGUCGCGAAUGUCAGUCGCAAAGCCACCGACCGUGACGGCGUGUUGUGGGAGGAGGACCAGCCAGCCUUCUAUUCAACCUACCAGUAUCUCGGUGGAAAGAAAUUGGGUGUCAUCAAGCUCAACGAGGUCAUUGCUCAGCGUCUCGACAAGGAUUCGAUGCAGGAGACUCUUCAUCCACGUCACCUUCCAAUGCUGGUUCCCCCCAAGCCGUGGACUUCGCACGAUUCCGGAGGAUACUACUCGGUCCGUCAAAGCGCCAUGCGUUACAAGGACAGUGCCGAGCAGGGCUCCUACCUUCGUGCGGCUUCGGACACCGGCGACGUCGACACCAUCCUUGCAGCGUUGGACGUACUUGGCAACACAUCGUGGAAGAUCAACAAGCCCAUCUUCGACGUGAUGCUCGAGAUCUGGAACUCAGGCAAGGAUACUGCCGGCAUGCCACCCGUCGAUAUGGAACAGCCAGAACCUCAGAAGCCAGACAACUACAACCACGACAUGAAGGCUCGGUCUGUCUAUCUGCAGCGUCUGAAGCAGUGGAACCAGCAAUGUGCAUCCAACCAUUCGCAGCGUUGUGACGUCAACUACAAGCUCGAGAUCGCUCGUGCCUACCUCGGCGAGCGCUUCUACUUCCCUCACAACAUGGACUUCCGAGGUCGUGCCUAUCCCAUGCCACCGCAUCUCAACCACAUCGGCAAUGACCUUUGCCGUGGUCUUCUCAUGUUUGCUGACGCAAAGCCUCUCGGUAAGACCGGGUUGCGAUGGUUGAGGAUCCACAUUUCCAACGUAUUCGGUUACGACAAGGCCAGCUUCGGCGAGCGUGAGCAGUUUGCCAUCGACCACGAGGCCGACAUUCGCGACAGCGUCGAGCGAACCCUCGAUGGUCAGCGAUGGUGGCUAAAGGCGGAUGACCCAUGGCAGUGCCUUGCUGCCUGCAUGGAGCUCAAGGCAGCACUUGAUCACCCUGAUGGGCCUGAAGCGUACGAGUCGAACUUGCCUGUCCACCAGGACGGCACAUGUAACGGUCUUCAGCACUACGCUGCGCUCGGCGGUGAUUUGGCAGGAGCCAAGCAGGUCAACCUUUCGCGCGGUGAUCGACCCGCCGAUGUCUACUCCGGUGUCGCCGAUCUCGUCAUCAAGAUGCUUGAUGAAGAAGCGGCCAAGGGCGAACGUCUCGCCACCAUCCUCCAAGGUAAGGUCACACGAAAGGUCGUCAAGCAGACCGUCAUGACCACUGUCUAUGGCGUCACGUUCAUUGGUGCCAAGAACCAAGUCAUGCGACAGCUGGCUGCCCGUGGCGAUGUCCCCGCAGAAGACCUCUUUCAAGCAGCAAGCUUCCUCGCCAAGAUCAUCAUGUCGUGUAUCGGUAAUCUCUUCUCUGGUGCUCAGAAGAUUCAGGACUGGUUGAUCUUCUCCGCCAAGGUCAUUGCAAAGUCGAUUCCCUCUCAGCGAGUCGAGGAGGCAACACGACCUUAUCAGCCUUCCGAGACAAACUUGAAGCGUGCCGAUGCACGUGGCUACUCGCGAGACCCUGCCAAAGCUGAUCGCAUUGUCAAGGAGCAGAUGACUUCAGUUAUCUGGACCACCGCCCUCGGUCUUCCCGUCGUGCAACCAUACCGCAAGACGAAGAAGCGUCAAAUUUCGACGGCCAUGCAGACGGUCUUCAUCAACGACCCACACUCCAACUCGGAGGUUUCUCCAGCGAAGCAAGCCUCUGCCUUCCCACCCAACUUCAUCCACUCCCUCGAUGCCACCCAUAUGAUUCUUACCGCCUUGGAAUGUCAUGCUGCGGGUCUCACCUUCGCUUCGGUCCACGAUUCGUACUGGACCCACGCUGCAGACAUCGACACCAUGUCGGAUAUGAUUCGCGAGACCUUUGUCCGUCUCCAUUCGCAGGAUAUCUUGCAUCGAUUGCGUGAAGAGUUUAUGCAGCGUUACGCUGGGUACAAGGUUCCUGUUAUCUCACUUAAGCGCGCACGAGGCUCGAGAUCUAAGGCUAACAAGAAUGGCAGCGAAUCCAAUGCUGCUGAGUUUUCCUCGCCGUCCGACGCGGUCUUGGCCAUACCAGAGGAUCAACUUGCCAAGCUCAACGGUAAGACGGGUGAUCUGGUUCUCUCCAAGCCCACUGCCAAGUCCGAGGAUGUUGAGAAAGACGAUGAAGACGCUUUUGCCCUGGACGCUAGCGAGGAUGUUGAGAAAGGCGAUGAAGACACUUUCGCCCUGGACGCUAGCGAGGAAGACCUUGACUCCGAAGCCGAGUUGGGAGAAGGAGAAGAGGAAGGAGUACCAAAGAAGAAGGACGGCCGCAAGACCAAGAAGGACAAGGACGAGGAGUGGGAGUCCAAGUUCAAGGCUAAGUUUGUCGACUUGGCUGACAUACUUCCUCCCAUCCCUGCCAAGGGUUCGUUCGACGUGAACGAGAUCAAGGGCUCGCUGUACUUCUUCUCGUAA